AUGUUGGGAAAUGUAGUUUAUUGAAUGCCCUGUAGCGCUGCCUGGUCUCACUGCGUUCUGGGUAAUGUAGUCCUGGACCGAUCUUCAGUUGGGCGUGGGUGAAGGAAUUCCGCUUCAAGGGCUGGACAUCAGAUCCAUCAGAUUGGUUAGAUGGACUGUUUAUCAAAUUACAUCAGUACAAUCGUUCUAGUGAUUGGUGAGAGUGGAGGCGGGUUAAGCAGUAUCAGCAGCCCAUUCGGAGCUGGUGAUGUCCAUUUCGCGUCGUGCGGGGGAGUGGUGCGGAUUUUCGAGGAAACGGUCGCUGAUUGGCUGGGACGGCUUGACCUGCCAGAGGGUCGGCCCCCAUCGUGCGGCGAUUGGCUCACCCGUUGGCGGGUGGGUGCGUCAGAGGCGGUGUCUGGGGAGGUGGUGGCUCCAGAGAUGGCAGUGAGUGAGAGGAGGGGGCUCGCCCGUCGGAGCCCCGCGGAGUGGGGGCAGCGGCUAUUGCUGCUCCUGCUCUUGGGCGGCUGCUCCGGGCGCAUCCACCGGCUGGCGCUGACGGGGGAGAAGCGAGCAGACAUCCCCCUGAACAGCUUCGGCUUCUACGCCAAUGGCUCCCUGGAGGUGGACCUGAGCCUCCUGCGACUGGGCCUCCGGGACACAGAAGAGAAGGCCCCGCUGGUGGGGUUCAGUCUGACUCGGGCUCGAUCUGGCAGCAUUCCAUCCUACUCAACCCAGGACCCCCACGACUGUCCUCUCUGGAAAAAUAGUAGCAAUCUCCUGGUUCUCUUCCUCAUCAACACCAAGGAUCUGCGGGUCCAGGUGCGGAAGUAUGGGGAACAGAAGAAGCUGUUCAUCUCUCCCGGGCUCCUCCCUGAAGUGCCCUCUGCACCAGGGCCCCCGAAGCCAGAGCUCACAGUCACCCCUAAAGUGAACAGUGGGACCACCACUGCGCUUGACGAGGCCAAGUCAAAACCCACAGUGUUUCAGGGGGAACAGCAGGGCCUCAGUGGGAAGGACAAGGAACUGGUCCUGGGUCUUGGGCAUCUCAACAAUUCCUACAACUUCAGUUUCCACGUGGUGAUCGGCUCUCGGGCCGAGGAAGGCCAAUACAGCCUCAACUUCCACAACUGCUACAACUCAAAGCCAGGCCAGGAGCAGCCGUUCGACAUCACGGUCAUGAUCCGGGAGAAGAACCCCGAGGGCUUCCUGUCAGCGGCGGAAAUCCCCCUCUUCAAGCUGUACAUGGUCAUGUCUGCCUGCUUCCUGGCUGCUGGCAUCUUCUGGGUGUCCGUCCUCUGCAAGAACAUGUACAACGUCUUCAAGAUCCACUGGCUCAUGGCAGUCCUGGCUUUCACCAAGAGCAUCUCCCUCCUUUUCCACAGUAUCAACUACUACUUCAUCAACAGCCAGGGCCACCCCAUCGAAGGCCUCGCUGUCAUGCACUACAUCACACACCUGCUGAAGGGCGCUCUCCUCUUCAUCACCAUCGCCUUGAUCGGCUCUGGCUGGGCCUUCAUCAAAUACAUCCUGUCAGACAAGGAGAAGAAGAUCUUUGGGAUCGUGAUUCCACUGCAGGUCCUGGCCAACGUGGCCUACAUCGUCCUCGAGUCCCGUGAGGAAGGUGCCAGUGACUACGUGUUCUGGAAAGAGAUCCUUUUCCUGGUGGAUCUCAUCUGCUGCGGCGCUAUUCUCUUCCCUGUGGUCUGGUCCAUCCGGCAUCUCCAGGACGCAUCUGGCACGGAUGGAAAGGACUUCCCGCCCCUUGGACACCGCCCAGAACGUCCCUCCUCCAUACCUCUCCCCUUCCCCUCCAUCGUCUGUGCACGCCUUUCAGUGGCAGUGAACCUGGCCAAGCUGAAGCUGUUUCAGCAUUACUACGUCAUGGUCAUCUGUUACGUCUACUUCACGCGCAUCAUCGCCAUCCUGCUGCGGGUGGCCAUGCCCUUCCAGUGGCAAUGGCUGUACCAGCUCUUGGUGGAGGGCUCCACCCUGGCCUUCUUUGUGCUCACUGGCUACAAGUUCCAGCCGGCAGGCAACAACCCUUACCUACAGCUGCCCCAGGAGGAUGAGGAGGACAUGCAGAUGGAGCAAAUAAUGACCGAUUCUGGGUUCCAGGAAGGCCUGUCCAAAGUCAACAAAACAGCCAGCGGGCGGGAGCUUUUGUGAUCAUCCCCAGUGUCUGGAACCUUCCUCCGUCCCCCACGCCCCGCCUCCGCCCUCCACACACAUUCCUCACUCUCCAGCUCCUCUCCCAAAGCACGUGUGGCGGGGGCAGGAGGGCGCCGGGCUGCAUGCAGCACCCAGCUCCCUGGGGCUUGAGGUCCAGGAGCCCAUUCAGAAGAGGGCCCCCUUCUUCCCCCCAAGCACUGGGCAGCCCUGUCCCUGCCCAGAGCCACCCACCUCUUGCAGCUGGGCAAUAUGAUCUGUUUUGCUA